GUUUAUUUCUCUCUUAUUCUCCUUCGUCGGAAGUUCGAAACUGAAAGUCUGAAACCACCAUCAAACCAAAUUCCUUCCGCGAGAAGGUCAAUUAGGCAGCCGACUUCCGAAUCCCGGUCAGCCGUUGCAGAGUUCGUAUUUGAACUCGGCGCAUAUUUUUUCGAACAGCUGCAGAGGCAAAGCAGUGAAGCCAUGGGUCGACCUCCCAGCAAUGGCGGCCCUGCCUUUCGCUUCACCCACACUGAGGUUGCUGAGAUGGAAGCAAUCCUGCAACACCACAAUCAAAUAAUGCCGGCUCGUGAGGUUCUUCUGGGCAUUGCUGAGAGGUUCAGUGAAUCUCCAGAGCGAAAAGGGAAGAUUGCGGUGCAAAUGAAGCAGGUAUGGAACUGGUUCCAAAACAGGCGUUAUGCUAUAAGAGCCAAACAAGGCAAGUCCCCUGCGAAGCUAAAUAUAACACCAGUGCAUCGGGAUGAGUUCCAUACAGUGAAAAAUGCUGCACAACCUGUAGCUACUCCUGCAUCUAUUCAUGCAACUACUAACAUGGCUGCUCCUUCAGUUCCAAUUACAGGAAGGGCAAUGCCAGAAACUACGAUCAUGGAAUUUGAAGCCAAAUCUGCUAGAGAUGGUGCAUGGUAUGAUGUUGCAACAUUCCUGUCUCGUAGAUACCUGGACACCGUUGAUCCGGAGGUACUGGUUAGGUUUUCUGGUUUUGGACCAGAUGAGGAUGAGUGGCUCAAUGUUCGCAAGAAUGUAAGGCAGCGUUCCCUUCCAUGUGAAGCAUCCGAAUGUGUUGCGGUUCUUCCUGGAGACCUCAUUUUAUGUUUCCAGGAAGGCAAAGAUCAAGCACUAUACUACGAUGCACAUGUUCUUGAUGCCCAAAGAAGGCGACAUGAUGUAAGAGGUUGCCGUUGUAGGUUUUUGGUGCGUUAUGAUCACGAUCAAUCUGAGGAAAUCGUGCCUCUCAGAAAAAUUUGCCGCAGACCGGAAACUGAUUACCGAUUGCAACUACUCCAUGCAGCAACAGAGUCAGUAAAUCACGAGCAGCAGAAAGCCAGUGGAGACCAAUCUAGUAAUAUCGGUAUCCAAAGGAUCUCUGCCCAUAGUACAGAAGCGGUGCCAAAGCCUAAUACUACCACUGCAGCUACCAAGAUCGCAAUGGAACCAAAAGCUGUCGAAAGCAGCAGCAGCAGCAGCAUUAUGGUGAACGCUGGAAACCCUGUGCAGCUUGUCCCUAACCCUAGUGUUUCUUUACCGCCAGCGGGCUUAACUGCUCAGAGUAUUCCUCCUGGUGUCUCCAGUUAGGAGUUGCUUGCAAGAGAGGCAAUGAUGUGUUUGGUCUAACAUUCUUUCUUAAAUCCUUCAGUUUUCAGGUCAUCUCCCACAAUCUAGUUUAGUUGUCAUAUAGAGCAUGCUGAUGUUAGCUUAGUAUUACAUAUCUUGGAAACCUUUGUAGAUGGAGUGUUCUCCACGUCACUUCUCUCAGUUAGUUACGUUUACGAGUGGAGUUUCAUGUACCUGUGGCCCUCAAAUCUCUGAAUCAUUCAUUUUCUUUUCAUCGUCAUUACUUUAGAGAAGAUAUUUUUCGAUUGCUAAUGACACACAUGAAAUGUGACAGCUCUCAACUGAAUUGAUGUGCG